AUGUCGUCCACCGCCGCCACCCCUUCGCCCAAGACAGCCGUCAAGAUCGUCUUCGGGUGCAUGACAUUCGGCGCGCCCGGUGCAGAACAAUCCCGCGUACACGACCUCGAUGACUGCCGUUCCAUCCUGGACAUUUUUGCCUCUCAUGGACACACCGAGCUCGACACAGCGCGCAUGUACGGCCUCGGCACCUCGGAGGAGUAUCUUUCCAAGCUGGGCUACACCACUCCCUCCGAUUCGCAUCACUUCCAGAUCGCCACGAAGUCCUUCCCGUCCGCGCGCAAGCCGGAUUUUCCCGCCAAGUCGCGCUACACAUUUGAGCCUGCGGACAUUGCCCGUGCGAUCGAGGACAGUCUGAAGGCGCUCGGCACGGACAGCUUUGACCUGUUCUACCUGCAUUCUCCCGAUCGGGAGGUGGAGUUGGAGCGCACGCUUCGGGCUGUCAAUGAGGCGUAUGAACAGGGCAAAUUCAAACGUUUCGGCGUGAGCAACUACCGCGCCGACGAAGUUCAAACGAUCGUCGAUAUCACGACCAAAAACAACUGGGUCAAACCCUCCGUCUAUCAAGGCCUCUACAACUCCAUCACCCGCUCAGCAGAGUCGGAACUCUUCCCAGUUCUGCGCAAGAACAACAUCGCCUACUACGCAUACAACCCCCUCGGCGGCGGCCUGUUCACCGGUCAACUAGCCAAAGACACAACGCCAGAAUCAGGAUCUAGAUUCGACCCCGAACGAGCCCAAGGCAAAAUGUACCGCGCACGCUACUGGAACGACCACUACUUCCAGGCGCUGGACAAGCUCAAGCCCGCUGCGGACAAACAUGGAUUGACGCUGGCAGAGGUGGCGCUGCGAUGGAUGAUGCACCACUCGCAACUGAAGAAGCAGCAUGGCGAUGCGGUGAUCAUUGGUGCCAGUAGCAAGAACCAUAUCGAGGGCAAUCUGAGGGAUUUCGAGAAGGGAGAGUUGCCGGAAGAUGUGGUCAAGGCGGUGGAUGAGGCGUGGGAGAUCGUCAAGCCCAACGCGCCUGCUUACCACCAUUGA